AUGCCGGAGGAACUCACCAAGUAUAGCAAUACCAUCAAACCGGGAGAAGAAGUGCGCUCCUCCGAUACUGCUACGAGCUUGUUCGCAUCACUGCACGCCAACCCUACCUCGCCCGUACUCACCAACUUACUGCUGGCGGCGGCAGUGGAAAGCCUGACUUUUGAAGAUAUCCUCCUAUCUUUGCUUAGGCGCGAUGACUUCGAACUGCGUAUCCUCACAGCGGUUGUUGCAAAGGGUGUCGUGGCACUUGAAACGCUCCUUACGCAGCUGAAAGGCAAUGAGUGCAUCCGGCUCAACAUCAAGGAGACCGCUAUAGUGUAUCAGCAGCGCGAUGAUUUUGAUGAGGGUAUCCCAGAGGUUGCUCGAGUAGUCACGGCUUCGGACCUUGUUCUCGGCGAGUGGCUGUCCUGUUCGAGUUGCUGCUCCCUAGAUUGGGAGAAGCUGGUCAAUGACAAUGUAGUCGUUGGUGCAUCCAUCUCGACGGUAAUGGUCGGUCUCGACGAUGAUGGUCGGUGUCGAUGA